CUUUAGGGUUGCAACGGAUGUACCCAACAAAUUAUAUAUAAGCUUUCCUGCUCACAGAAUUAGUGUGAACUUCAUCAGACUUCGUCCUCCUCGUCGAUACCCAGCCGCCCCCUGACGUCCCACACCCUAUGAUGCAGAGUCCAAGCCCUCUAGUCCAGCAGCCCAAUUUGCGGCAGUACCAUAUGCAGAGCGCUCAACUGGGUCCAUCUCUUACCCAGUCAAACACCUCGGAUUGGGUUACAGGCUUCUUAGAAAGAUCAUCCAUCUACGACGCAUACGAUAUACAGAGCGGCAGAUACUCUCUCCAAGAUAGCGGCGCAUCGACAACGUCGGCCCUACGUGCCAUGGUCACCGGACCACCUAUAUCUUUAGAUAUACCCCCAUCUUUAGCUAACUUUCGUACCAUCGCCGGCGGCCAUACCUCAUGUGAGUGGUCGGACACGCUGCCUUUAUUCUACCAGCAACAACUGCACUACACAUACCCUGCAUGCGAUAAAAGCCCAUCGUCAUCACAUUAUUCUUCAUCGUCGCACUCUUACUGUAUUGAUCUUCCAACAUCAUCCAACAUGGUUCUUCCAUCUCAUCCAUCACCGCCGCUCCCAUCUGCCCUAGCGUUACCAGGGCCUUCCACCACCCCUGCCGAGCUAACCCAGUCCAUUCGGACUGCGUGUGCCAACUCUUCUAGGUCUGCAUCAUCACGCAACGCCAAGGGUGAAGGCUCAGGCCCAAGACCACGGGAAAAGAAGCAUGCCUGCUGGAUGUGCGAGAAAUCCUUUGAUAGGCCCUCCACGUUGAGAAAGCAUCUGCUCGUACACACAGGAGAAAAAGCAUUUGUGUGUGACACCUGUGGCCGUCGUUUUGGCCGGUGCAUUCUUAAGCCCGUAAACACUGCAAAUCGCACAAACCAGAUAACGUCCAGCGACUCUGCUGGAACGUCACAAGAACCCACAUCUGUCCCGCCGGCAGAGGCUUCAGGUACUGCCGCAUCAUCUGAUUCAGAUUCGCGACCGAACAAGCGUGUUCGCGAUGAAUCGACGACGUCACCAUCAGAACAGCCCAAGACAUCCGCAAAGAGACGACGUCGCGCUCCGUCCCCGUCGCAAUGGAUACCGACGUCCCUUCUUCCAUUUAACCUUUUCCCCGCGGAGUCUACAAAAGCGACUAGCGUCCCCCUCCCACCUGUUACUGCAGUCAAAGAUGACGUAUCCAACGAGUGGAUUGAAGAGCGCGACUCAUGGGACGAGAGUGUUGGCCUCACGCCUUAUCACCCGUGCGGAUGGAAAGGGUUUGGCGGCAAAGAUGUAGGGAACGUUGGCCUCGUGAACGGAGGGACGUACGUCAUGGGAAGACUUGUCAUGGUCUAAUCAUGUUGAUAUCUGCCGUGUUCUUCUUUGGAUUUUUGGACUCCCUCGCUCAUGCUGAUAGUAGAGCUGAGCUGAGAGAUUUCUUGACAUUCUUGUCGGCUUAUUUGGACUUCUUUGGUUUUAGUCCCGUCCCAGCAUUUAUCACUGACACAUCACCUAGUACCCGCCAGAUCUACCUCUGGCCUCAUCACCAUUUGCUCGUUUUUUUUUGACCCGUUAGGGGUUUUUGAAGUGCUGGUCACCGUAUUCGUUGUCUUCCAGCAUCUAAAUUACUAUUGUCUCGAGUACGUACUGUAACGUUAGCCUGUUAUGCGAUUUGUGCCUGUAUCGAGUAUCAUCCUGACGAUAUCUAUAUAUCUGAUUGUGUUCUU